AUGCAGCUCCAUCGGGCAACAAUGCCGCCAACUGUCUCCUGCCAACCAUUCCGUUCUUGCUGCUCCUGUUGCCGGGGCCGCAAACCCUCCUCCUCCCUCGACCCAUGUUUCACUGACAACAUCGACCCAGUACGGUGUCUGCCCACUGCACGGACGUGCACUGCAGGGAUGAAGACACUGCGCUGCCACCACUGCAGCAGCAGCAGCAGCAACAGUAGCACUGUCAACAAGAUACGCGCGCAAAUCAAAAAAAUAACGGAAGAAUCGAACAGGCAAACCCCAAUUAAAGAGAGGAGAUAUGAAGGUGUUGAAUAG